UAACACGUGUUAAAAUGUUGACAUGCAAGAAAAGCUUUGUACAUAAUAGUACCGGGUUGUCAAUAUAGCAAGCUUUGAUUGCAACUUCAUAAAUCUGAUUACAAAUAUUCAUAGAGAGGGCGCUGUUAAAUCAUCAUAUGUUGGUCAAACUUCGGCGCAAAUAAGCUAAACUAGCUAGGUAGGCUAGCGAACUAAAGUCCAUCAUGUUUGUGGCGGUGGAGAUGGUUGACACCGUCAGGAUUCCUCCAUGGAAUUUUCAGAGGCAACUCAACGAUGCCAUUGCCGAGGAGCUUAAUAAGAAAUUGGCCAACAAGGUGGUGUACAAUGUUGGUCUUUGCAUCUGUCUCUAUGACAUCACUAAACUAGAGGAUUCCUACAUAUUCCCAGGUGAUGGAGCUUCCCACACCAAAGUUCACUUUAGAUAUGUUGUAUUCCAUCCUUUCCUGGAUCAGAUCAUGGUUGGGAAGAUCAAGUAUUGCAGCCAGGAAGGAGUGCAUGUCAGCCUUGGAUUCUUUGAUGACAUCAUCAUUCCACCGGAGUCUCUGCAGCAACCCGCAAAAUUUGAUGAAGCAGAGCAGGUCUGGGUCUGGGAGUACGAGACUGACGAAGGAGCCCAUGACCUCUACAUGGACCAGGGAGAAGAGAUCCGCUUCCGGGUCACAGACGAGAUCUUUGUGGAUACAUCACCCACUGGCCCAGCCCAAGCGGCAACAGAUGCCCCAGGGACAGAAGACGCCGGACAGAAGAAAGAAUCACCCUACACACUUGUAGGUACUAUCAGUGAACCAGGUUUGGGUCUUCUGUCCUGGUGGAACAGCUAGCGAAGCCCUGUAUUAUGGUGGAAAGGGGGGUGCCGGUUCUUUUAGAACGGACUUGAAAUGGACUCUCCCAAUGUGCAAUGGAUACAGCACUGGCGAGUUUCAAAGACUUCUAUGGGAGAAAUACAGAGUUUCUUCAAAAGGAAAAACAAUGUCAUCAAAAUGGCAAAGACAAGACCAGACAAUUAUGUGAAUAUCAAACGAAGACCACAGGUAUACAAACAGUACUGUAAUACAACUCAGUUCUAACUCACAAUGGCCGGGUUUCCCAGAUUCGUUAAGAAGCUCUUAACGCUAAGAGCUUCUUAGGAGCGUUCUAAGAGCGUUCUAGAGCGUUCAAGCUGUUAGCUUU